UUUAUUGCAGAUAAAGCUUUUUAGAGAGGUACAAUGAAACGGGCUCGCUCCAAAGGGUUGAGUAAUAGAUUGAAGAAAGAUAGGAUAAGCCAAUUACCAGAUCCUUUGAUAUGUCACAUUCUUUCUCAUCUUCCAACAAAAGAAGCUGUUUCGACAAGUGUUUUGUCCACAAGAUGGAGGAGUCUCUGGCUUUGGCUUCCUAGUUUGGAAUUGGAUUCCAGAGAAAAGCUCCAGUUCCAAGAUUUGAGUGCAUUAAUGAGUUUUGGUGACAGGUUUUUCGAUUCCACUAGGGUUUCAUACAUACACAAACUCGACUUAACUAUUGAUGGUGAUGCUUCUUAUCUCACCUCAUGGAUUAAUGCUGCAGUAAAGCGUAGGAUUCAACAUCUAUCUGUUCGGAACUAUAAGGGAUCUACAGAUUUAUAUGAGAUCCCCAUAAGCCUUUAUAGUUGUGACACACUGGUAUCCUUAACACUUAGCCAUGUGGCAUUGGUUAGUGCCGAGUUUGUUUCCUUACCGUGUUUGAAGACUAUGUGUUUAAAAUGCAAUGUGUUUUCUAAUGAAGCCACUUUCGAGACACUUGUCUCACGUUGUCCUGUCUUAGAAAAUCUAGUUAUUAAUGUAACUGGGAAUGAAACUAAAGUCUAUCGAGUGCACUCUCCGUCACUGAAGAUGCUCACUUUUGCUCGAGCAUCCAAAUGUUUCCAGGUUGAUUAUGAUCGGGAAGUUAUCAUUGAUGCUCCUCUACUAUGCAGUUUGAACAUCAUUGAUUUCGUAUCAAAAGUUAUUAUCGUAAACAAUAUGGAGUCCCUUGCCGAGUUUGAUGUUUAUUUGGUUUCAUCGAGAAAUCGCAUCAGGAGUUUAUUGUAUAAGAUCUCGAGGGUCAGGGAUAUGACAAUAACUAACGAUAUUUUCGAGGGCAUUCAUCAUUAUUCCCAAUUAGAGCGAUAUCCUCAAUUUUGUUACUUGUCUCGCCUGAGUGUUCUUCUCUUUGCACGCAAAUUGAAUUUGUUGGCAGCAUUUCUUGAGAGCUGCCCGAAUCUGAAAUCCCUCGUCUUGUUUGAUCAGUCUGGUUGGAACAAGGAGCUGAGCGCCGAGGAGAUGAAUCAAAUCAGUUCGUUAUUUGUGCCCAAGUGUUUGAAAUCAUCACUCGAGUAUGUUGACUUCAAAACGCUAAUCCGGGGACAUGCUACAGAAACGAAGCUAGUUAGGUACUUCCUGGAGAACUCGGCAAUACUCAAGAAUGUCAGACUAUGUGUGGGUUAUCAUCCAAAUAUAGAAAAAAUGUUAAGUAUCAGGGAGGAACUCCUCAAAAUCCCAAGAGCCUCUACCAAAUGUGAACUAGACUUUCAUUUUCUUCUUCUUGGUUAAAAUAGUAGUGGUAAUUUUCUCUAACUAUUAUGUGUGGAGGGGGAAACUUUAAUAUGAGGUAUGUAGUAGCUUCAUAGAUGGUUUGGUGUUGAUUGAUAUUGAUAUUGAAUUUACGU